AUGCUGCGUGAAACGUUUUCUCGUUACGGCAACCCAGACACAUUGGUCUCAGACAACGGAACGCAAUUCACCAGCGAGCAGUUUCAACAGUAUUGCCGUGCAAAUGGUAUCACCCAUCUCCGCACUGCUCCCUACCACCCGCAGUCCAGCGGCCAAGCGGAGCGAUUCGUUGAUUCACUCAAGCGUGGCCUCAAGAAGCUAGCCAAGGGGGAAGGAUCACCCACACUGGAGCACCUGCGGACAUUCCUUUCGGUGUAUCGUUCAAUCCCAAAUCGAAACACACCACAGUCGACGUCUCCAGCAGAUGCAUUCCUCGGAAGACCAGUGCGCACCACUUUGGACCUACUGAAGAAACCUGUUCCUGUAACUGAAGCUGUCAAGAACCACAAACAAAACGAACAGUUCAAUUGGCGGCAUGGAGCAGUCAAGCGCGAGUUUGAAGAAGAUGACCUGGUCUACGUUGAACAGCACCGCAGAAACGCCAAAUCCUGGAUUCCUGGUCGAGUCAUUGAACGGAAAGGUUCCGUCAACUAUAUCGUUGCACUGGACAUGAACGGGAGACCGAAGCUGGUGAGGUCGCAUGUAAACCAAAUGCGCCCUCGUCACACUUCUGAUGAUCCAGAGCAAGCGACGCAGCAACUACCAUGGGAAAUCCUGCUUGAUGAAAUUCAAGAUAAAGCUGUACCGUUGGAUCCAGAAGUGCCAAUCAAUCACGAUGUCCCUAUUCCUGUUGGUUCCGUAUCACUCGAAGCUGAUGGUUAA